UUUAUUAGUUGAAAAAUGAUCAAAGAGCAUUCCCAAAUGAUGAUGCACCAGAAAACUGAUGAACGGAAUAAAAUACAAACGUAUACAGCAAUUUCUCAAUUUCAUCAGGCCGUUUCAGGGGCUCUUUCUGGUUGUUUAACUCGAACAUUAACUCAGCCGUUUGAUGUACUAAAGAUACGUUUUCAACUCCAAUUAGAACCACUUAAAACAUCUAAAAAUAGUAAUAUAUUAAUUAGCUCAAAAUAUACAUCACUGCUACAAGCAUCACGUUUAAUUUAUAAAGAAGAAGGUAUAAAGGCCUUUUGGAAGGGGCAUAAUUCUGGUCAAAUGAUGAGUAUUACUUAUGCGCUUAUACAAUUUUGGUCAUAUGAACAGAUUAGACUAAAAGGCAGUCAAACGACUUGGUUCAAAGACCAUACACAUGUAUCAAAUUUUGUAAGCGGAGGCUUAGCCGGUUGCAUCGCAACUACAAUUUCAAUGCCAUUCGACAUAGUGCGUACCCGUGUAAUAGCGCAGGACCACAACGUACCAUAUAGAAAUGUUAUGAAUACUUUAUCUGUUAUAUUAAGAGACGAAGGAGUUAGAGGAUUAUUUCGUGGUUUAGUGCCUACUGUUGUGCAAAUUGGACCUUUAGUUGGCUGCAAUUUUCUUUUCUAUAGAAUAAUUAACGACUUCGGACUGAAUUUGUUGCAUCCUUCUCAGCAACACUUGCCCGCCUGGUAUUUGCUAAUGUCUGGCGGAGUUGCUGGUACAUUGUCAAAAGUAAUACUGUAUCCAUUGGAUUUCAUCAAAAAGCGACUACAGCUGCAAGGAUUUAAGCAUCAAAGAGUUACUUUUGGACGCAAUCAUACUUGUAAUGGUGCUAUUGAUUGUAUAAGAGUGGCUAUGAGAGAAGAAGGUGCGAUAAGCUUUUACAAAGGUGUCGUACCAACUUUGUACAAAUCAGGAUUGACAACGGCUUUAUAUUUUGUGCUUUACGAUGCUUCUAUGAGAUUUUUCGAAGAAAUGUGAAACCACUUAAAAUUGUAAAAAAUAUUUGCCGCAUGAUUAUGUAUUUUAAGACUUCCUAUUUACGAACUAUAAUUAUAGGAAUUAUAAUUAAACGUCUUUAAUAAUAUUAUAUUAUUGCAUAAAUGUAAGUGAUAUUUGAAGUAGUUUUAGUUUUAAUUUUAAUUACAUUGUAACGUACAUAUGAUAACAAACGUACUUAAUACUUAUUCAGUAUUUAAUGAAACAUCAGGUAAUUUAUAUAUUUAUUUCUGCAAUUGUGUUUUAUUAUUUUUAAUUUAUUGAAAUAAAGCUUGCCAAUUAUGUCAACCACUCAAAGUAA